AUGACUGAAGGCCAAGUCGCGAAUCGCACCAAAGAAAUGGACGAUCCGAUUAUGGCUGUCUUGUGCGAGACUUGCCAAGCUGAAAUCACCGAUGAGGAGGCUGCGGAUGGUGUUGUGCACAUGGCCGGGGCGUACUGGCACAUGGAAUGCUUUACAUGUAUUACUUGUGGUCGUCCUGUGCCGUUUGAGCAGGAUAAUGUCUUGCUUGUUGGGUCACAGCCUAUGUGUGGGAGCUGUACAUUCAACUGCAUAUCCUGCGGCAGCCCGAUCACGGAUGAGGUUGUCUUGUGUGGUCAAGAUCCAUAUCACACGGCAUGUUUCCGCUGCGGUGCUUGUGAUAAAAAAAUGGACACGCAAUCGUUUUCCACAGUGGAUGGACAAGUACGCUGUGAGAACUGUCAAGAUAAGUCGGAUGCGCUUCUGGCUGAGAACAAACCCCCGCUGGUCCAUGCUGAGGUUGAGCAGAACAAACAGGCAUCACCUUUUCAUAUCGACUCGGCUUAUCACCAGGAGACGCCCUAUGAGGCGCCAAAGAAUACAACUGAACUUGCCUCCACGGAUGCCACAGCUUCUCAAACGCUAGGUGACUCUCAGAAACACGAACGCUUGUCGGAUGCGAUUCAGUCCGAAAUUCUGCAAGUGUACUAUUCCUCCCACAACGAUGGUCCUACACCGCCACAAGAAGAGAUCAUUCAACGAAAAACCACUUCUAAUGCCUCGGUGUCAAGCACUGUGCAGGACCUUUGGACGCGAGUACACUCGGUGACUGAGUCGGAUAUUCUGCGCUCGCUGUCUAUGCAUGACAGCGAGUUCGAGGCCCUGAUUUCGACGCCCGAAUUUGCCGCGCGUCGUAGCUCCAUAUUUGGCCCGCGCAGCCCUUAUGCGUCCGGGUCCAUUUCCAACAGUAUCAAACGGUCGCCUGUUCUCGACGACAAUGCUUCAUCUACAUCUUGGUCGGCCACCCAUCCUGAGCAUGCUGCGGCGCUAUUAGACGAAAUCUCUCAGCUUCAAAUGCAGCGACACAUGGCUUUGGCAGAACUUUUGAGUGUACAAUCAGCUCAGCAACAGCACCAAUCGUCUGACGACAAGUCUGUUCAAAAUCGAGUCAAUAUGGUACUCACUUCCCUGUUAGCGCAUCUUGACACAAUUAAGGGUGAAUAUCGUCGUGAGCUCGAGUCACUGCUGCUCAUGCAACAUUCUGUUCGUCAGGAGCUCAAACCGAUGAUGCAAGUACGUAAUACGCUCAUGCAAGAGUCACAGUCUCUCGCUGAGCGAAUUGACGAAAUGACGGAGCACUUGUCCCUGCUCGAGAGUCAAAAAGACUCUGAGACAAUGAAGGAUCGCAUGCCGCCUCACGAAGAAAUCAUGCCUGACGCUGCAAGCGAUGCUCCCGAGUCGUUGGAAGAGACCAGGUCCAAUGCGCCAGCGAUAUCGAGAGAGCUUGCUUCGGGCAACGCUAGUUCUUUGUCUAGCUCCCAUGCCGAUCAGUCGGAACAUGUGCCGCCCAACACGACGCUAGAGAAAGAGCUACCUGCUCAAGACCAGGCGGAAGAUGCUGCAUCAUCUUCCGUGCUAGUACCGAGGAAUGACCCAGUAUCGCCUUCGAACCAGCCCGAUAUGUCGAUUUCUUUGGAAGAUACUGCGUCACUGUCGUCCACUGGACCUUCAAACAUACCUUCAACUGUCACUACCAAUGACCCAGUGGCUGUGACACCGGCGCCACCUACGAGAGCCGUGCCACCGGUGCCCAAAGUCGAAAAGGUGCCUAGCUCAUCGCCCGUUUUGAUCCCAUCUGCGACUGUUCCACGAAAUGAAUCGUCGUCAUCGUUUUCAUCACAAGGUCUCCCAUCAUCGUCUCACUCCUCCAGCGACCGCCUUGACGGCAUAGAAAGCACUAGAAGUAUACCUGCCCCGACGCCAUCAAUCCAAGCACCUACCAACAACUCCUCUUCACCCACCACAAGCUUGGACCGUCGGGAUGCGUCACUUCCCCCGUUACCGUCUCCCCGCAAGUUUCGUUGGAUACGACCUCGUAUACCCAAUGUAUCAGAUUUAAAUGCGUUUGGCGAAACACUGCUUCUCCCUGCGCAUGAACUAACUAGGCCUCUGCGUCUUUCUUCGUCACCGGGAGGUAUGUCCAACGGGUCCAAAAUGUCGCACUCUUUCGAGCGCCCGAGCGAGUACAAGCCAGCUCCAACAUCCCCAGCGGCUGCCACGUCACCACCUGAACAGAUGCCAUCAACCUCGACUUCCCAUUCUUCGGCCACACCCACAUUAGCCCCGCCUGUGAGCGCACUCUUUACGCUUUCAUUAACACAAGACGGUCCGCCUCUACCUGCGAGAUCCAAAUCUCAUGUGACGUAUGCGCCACAAGAACCCAACGUAUCGACUUCUCUGCCACCCAAAGUGUCCAUGAUGGGUCGACCGCUUUGUGAGCAGGCUGAGUUAGAUGGAAGUAGCGUGCCCCUAGUGGUGCGUCGCUGCUUAGAAGCCAUUGAAGUGCAUGGAUUGUCGGACGAAGGUCUCUAUCGCAAGUCUGGGAGCACACAGCAGCAGCGCCAUAUUGUCCAGUUGUUCGACAACGGAGCUUCGUUUGACUUGUGCGACGAGGAUCAAUUCAACGAUAUCUCGGCUAUCACAGGCGUUCUCAAAAGCUACCUGCGUCAAUUACCUGAGCCCCUUGUGCCAUACUCUAUGCAUGACAAGUACAUUUAUAUCAUGGAGACCCCUGAUGCGCUGUCCAUUCCAGCUAUGCGCUUGCUAUUAGAGCAGCUUCCUAAGCCACAUUACGACACACUACAACGCCUUUGUACUCACUUGAAGGUGGUUCACGACCACAGUCAUCAGACUCGUAUGUCAGCCCGAAACUUGGCCAUCGUAUUCGGCCCUACCAUCAUGCAUGCCCGUGAACCAUCUGUCGAGCUUAUCGAAACACCAAUUUAUGCCCGAGCGGUGGAAUUUCUGAUUGAACACGAAGCCGCCCUCUUUUCCAACCCACACACAUAA